CGCCAUAUUUCAUUUGUGUAAGUAGAGAGAGGGCUUUCUCAUGUGAACCUUUUUGAGAUUCAAAGUUGUCAUUCGUUCUAAAAUUCCUCAUGCUUAGAGAAUGGAUAGCGUGUUCUCUCAUGCAGAUGAGAAACCCGAUCCUCCCUCCCCAGACCAAAAUCUUUUCACUCCACCUCACACAGCCAGGGAUGCAACCUCUGGUAUCUCUAGUUCUGAGAGGAGACAGUACAACAAAGCUCUAAAAGCUAUGUAUGAGAUUGUGCGUUUGGGUUCCAAACAAUUGGAGCGUUCAGUAGCUGAGGGUGAUGGUGUAGUUCCUGAGACUGUGACAGAAACUUCUGAAACUGAAGAUGAUGUUGAUGAUAAUGAAGACUAUUCCUCAGCUCACAUGAAGUCUCUAAGUUCUCAUGCAAGACAAAGACAAGCAACAAAAUCAUAUGAUAAAGAUGUACAGCAUCAUUUGGAGGCAAAAAAUGUGAGAAAGGUACACAAAGAACUGAACAAGAUUAGCAUGAUGCUGCAGAAAGAAAGUGAAGCUCUUCAUAAACGUGAAGUUCAGUUACGUGAGAGGGAGAGGGCAUUACGAGAUGCAGAAAAGCUCAGCCACACAACUGACAUUAUUAUUGACAAAGUGGUGACUCAAGAGGUUGAGAAUCGCUGCCAAGCUGUAACUGAGGAAUAUGAACAAAAGCUUGGUGAGCUUGAAGAAAUCAUCCAUAAGAAAACAAAGGAACUCAAGAGGAUUAAAGAGUCAUUUGAUACUAUAAAAACUGCAAAUGACUCGCUAAAGAAACAGAUCUCUGACCUUGAAAUUCAAAACAAAAAGCUUGAGACUCAAGCUCUGAGUGUUCAACACAGACUGGCUAACCUGCAGAGAAAGAAUGAAUUUUUGCAGAGGAAUUCCAAGCCAGAGGAUAGAGAGAUUGAAAAAGAAAGAAAUAACAAGCUUACUUCGCAUGGCAAAAGUGAGACAGUGGCCAAGUCAGUGUCUUUCUCUCAAAACAAGGUGAAUUUUUCUGGUCUAUUUGAAGUGUUGGCUGUAUUGCUGGAUUGGACUUCAGAAGUUCAUCUUCAGAAGAUGCCAACUUUUCAGGACUCGCCACAAGGAAGGCUACAAGAACAGCAAUUAGACAUUCCCUCGUCGCUGGUACAUGAAAAAUGUUUGAAAAUUUUACCCGGCAUGUCAGACAUACUUAGUAUUCUACCAAGUGUUAAUCCUCGCCUACAACAGCCCUGCUUACAGUUCACCUACUGGAGUAUUGUUUACAUGGAACAGACAGUGCAAGGAUCGCAGAGAACUGCUUUGGCGUCCACAUUGCGACAUAUUGGUGAAGAACUGUACAAACCUCAGGUGUCAAAAAUUUCAGAGGAAGGAGUUUGUCUGAAAAGUGACAAGCAGAAAGUUGACAUCUACUUUCAUAGCCCCACAGUUGCUGUCAGGAUUCUUUCGUCUCUUAUUAUCCUCAAAACACUCGCUAGAGUCGAUUAUUUGGCACAUGUCUUUGAUGUCUUAAAAACUGACUUGAAAGACGAUUUGGGCAAGCAGAUUUUUCUUACUUACGAGGGAGUAUACGUGGUGUUAUCAUACAUGAAGCCUGUGCAUAAGGCUCUCCUCGGAAGUGCUGUCGAUGUAAUGCUACUGAUGUCUGUCGAUUCACCAUUUACCGCGGUGUUUCUGGAUAGCUGUUCAAACGAACUCUGGUUCAGGACAGCCGUGAAUUUGCUGCAACACAAGGGACUGGAUCCUAAAAUACUAGAAAAAUUGAGCAUUGUCCUACAAAGACUCUCUAAAAUCAAGUCUAAUCGCCGAUACUUCGAAGCCUUUCAGAUAUCCGCCGUAGUGCAAGAAAUGUUACGAACUUGCGAUCCACAGAAUGCCUUUUUGGCUCUGAACCUGCGAUCUAUUAUCUUCAACCUUGGUAAAGGAAAGGUGUAAAUAUGGCUCCAAAACUACAACACUACUGGACAAGUUGAAUGUCACUGAGCUUGUAUUAACGAACGACGACGGCAUGGGGUCGAGUCAUUGGCUAUAGACUCUCGAAAUCUUAAUACAAAGGUAGAAAUUAUCCCGGUUAGCUGCUAUACUCUUUCAGGUAAAUUGGUGAAGAGAAUGUGGUGUUGUAUACAGAGAGUAUCCCCAGCUGAAGGUCAGUCUAUUCUCACCCGACACCGACUGAAACUCUAUAACAAUUUUUAUCUGAUAACUUUGAGCAUUCUCAUUACCUGUUUGCUGGAUAAUGUAUGGAUAUUGAAGGGAGAAGUUACAUCUUAAUCACCUCUGAAUUGGCAAGGAAAUGUUGUCCUCUCCAAAGUGUGCGUAAUAGAGACAAACUAUGCAUGUAUGAAGUGUACAUCACAAUUAGAAAUUUUUACCAGAUGAUUUAGAAACCUAAAAUUGGCAAGCGCCUCUUAAUCCUUCAUUAAGAAGGAUGGAGGAAUAUUUUUUGCUGUAUAAAGCUGUAUCUCAGUCUUUUUUGUCUGCUAUGUUGUAGCCCCUGAACGCGCGUUUCCACCCGCAGGAAGAUUUGAGAAGAGUUUGAAGAGGUUUGCUACGGGUCUGGUACAAAUAAUGAGACAGUACUAGACCCCUUGCAGACCUCUUGCCAGCUCGCAUUGCUCAAGACCUCAUACUACCCCACAGGCGAAGGAAUACUCUUGCUGAAGCGCCAAUAAUGAAGGCCUGGUCACACUGUUGCUGUAUAUGUUGUAGUUCAAUUUUAUCCUUGGUUCAAAUUUUCUUUUCUUUUGUUUUUGGGUAUUGUAAUAUAUUAUAACGAAUUUGAAACAAAGGAAAAUAAAAUUUGAACCAAGGAUAAAAUUGAACCACAACAUAUACAUCUAAAUCUUCCCGUGCGGAUGUCGACCACGAGGGAAAAACCUCUUUCUCAGAAUUUAUUGAUUUCCUUAUCAAAAAAUUACCAAUCUAGCAAGACUAGUAAUCUAAACAUUUGUUUUGCUUGAUUGCGUCUCCGAAAUAUGAAAUCUCGUUAAGGAUGGCCACGCUUACAACGGUGAAUUUAAUCGUUUGAACUCCCAAUGUAACCAGCAGGAGUUUAUUGAAUUGUUUGUUUUCUAAACCGCUUCAUGUAAAAAACACGAUUUUGGCCAUAAGCCAUAUAUCGCUAAAUUGGAUGAUGAUCCCUGGAGUUGCUCGAAGCCUCAUUUCACAAGCGCCAGAAAUUGGGUAUCGCCCUCAGUUUGCCUGCGAUUUUAAUUAGGCUUUUCAAAAGUGGGUUAAAGCUUAAAAUCAAAUGGCGCCACCAACUAGUCGGCGUCUAAAACUAAUUGGUUUCUAAAAUAGAACUGAACCCAGAAUUGGGUGACGCCUUUUAAUGGGAAAUCGCCAAAAAUCUGAUUGCUUUAAAAAUUGGGUGGGGUAUCACCGACGAUUGUCCGGCGCUUAGGGCGCCUCUAACUGGAUAGCACGUAAAGUCAAGAAGCGCCUAAAAUUGGGUGGUGUCUAAUUCUUGAAGAAUUAUAGACCGAAUUGCGCUGCCACGUAUUGUCUGUGACAAUGCCACGCAUUGUCUUGUUUCACCAAAUAUAAAACGUGGGCUUCUUCCGCUCAUAUAAACUACCUGAUUUGCGUUCGUUAUAUUCCCCCUCAAAUUAUCACGUUGCGAAUUUUUUUGAUAAUUCUCUUUUAGUUUAUCUCUUCUUUAAUGCGUAAAUCACGUUAAAAACGCCAAGUCUCAUUUAUACCAUCUUAAGUACAUUUUGAAUUGCAUGCUCAAAUUACUGAAAGAGUUGAAUAUUUGCGCAAAGAAAAGUGAAUAACCAGGAAUUCACUGAAAUCCUUCAGCCAAGCACUACCUGAGGACGUAAGAAUACCGCGAUCAUUUGGUGUUUCAACUAAGCGAUGCUAUUGACCUUUCGUGUAGAGACUUUGUCAAUCUUAUAAUCCCCUCGUGUUAAAAGAACUUAAAGAAAAGAUGUAAUAAAUGAUGAAAAUUAGC